AUGAAGGCUGAAGAUCGAAUCACACCGAGUCUUGAAAAUUGUGUUUACACCAGCUGUUACUGUGAAGAAAAUGUUUGGAAGCUGUGUGAGUUUGUUCAAACAGAGAGAACCGCGCAGCUGGAACAUCUGUUUGUGGUUUUCAUCUCUAAUGACAACAGAAUGAUUCCCCUCUGGAAGCAGAAGUCUGGAUGUGGUGACCGCCCUGUGAUUUGGGAUUACCACGUGAUCCUGCUUCAGACGGGUCUUCAGUCGGACUCACAGGUUUACGAUCUGGACACGGAGCUGCCUUUUCCCUGCAGCCUCAGGCUUUACGGCGCUCAGGCUCUUCGCUCAGACCGCCAACUCAAACCUGAGUAUCACAGGAAGUUGCGCGUGAUUCCUGCAGACAGCUUCCUGUUGAACUUUGCGUCUGAUCGAUCUCACAUGAAGAACGCCGAUGGAACCUGGAAGAUGCCCCCUCCUUCUUACCCCCCCAUACAGGCUGCAGAGAGUCAGAUGAACCUGGAUGACUUCAUUAGCAUGAACCCUGCUGUCGGCUGGGGCACCGUCUUCAGUCUGAAUCAGUUUAUGCAGAAAUUCAUAGGAAAUCCGUCCACAGCAUCAUCAUCUUCAUCAUCAGCUCAAUCUUCAUCAGCAGCAUCUUGUUAACUGACAUUUUGGGAUUUAGGAGUUGUUGUUUUUUUUGUUGCUUUGGAUGUCUUGUUGGAAAUGUUGCAGUUUCCUCCUGGUCUUAACGAACAUUUGGUCAAGUCUGACAGAGAGAUAAAGACAAACAAACAACUUUUAUUUUCGUGUGGAACUGAAAGACAGCUCGGCUCUCCUGAACUUCAUUCACACCAGCUCCUGGAGCGCAGAAAACAGCAGAAACAUGGAGGUGCUGGGUGUUGAGGUUAACAGUCCUCUGCA